AUGAUUCCUGCAUACAGAAACAUGGAUUCAUACCCAUUUCACAAAAAUCAAGUACCAUUUCCUCUUUACUAUCAUCCCGCAAUGGAAUCUGUUCCCCCACAAAUGGCCAAAUCACCCUUUUCUUAUGAACAACCUUGGCCUUAUGCUAGCAGUUAUGCACCACAUUUCUGCUAUAGUCACGUACCUUGUUAUCCUCAUGUUCCUUCUUCAUCACCAAUGUUUUAUCCCGGUGGUGGUCCUUCUUUCUUUGGUCCUUAUUCUCCACAAUCACAUUAUGGUAUGGAGGUUCCGAGAUAUGAAUAUGAUAAAUGUAUGUCAAGGGAUCAUCGUUGUUGCGGUUGUCCUAAUCAUUCAUGCAACCAAAAGGAAGAUAGAACUGUGAGUAUUGAAGAAAGAAAACCUAAUCUUGGUAAAAAAGAGAAUGAUGGUAUCGAGUUUAGAAAUUUUUCAUACCCUUUGGUUUGGACUCCACCAGAGUACAAUGGUAACAGACAAAUGAAAGUUCCUACUGGGGUGGAGGAGGAUUUCAAUGCGGAUGCUCAGCGAGCAGUUGAGCCGAGAUUAUGGAAUGGAUGGUUACCAUUUGAUGUAAAGGAUGCGCCGAACAUGUUUUGCGAUGGAGAUGGGAUAAGAAGUAUUAAGAAGGAAGCUGAUGACAAUGUGAUGGAGUAUGGAAACGGAAAAACUGAUCAAAAGCAUCAGAGUGAACAACAAAAGAGAUCUGAAUUUCCGUUUCCAUUUAUUUGGUUUCCCUCUUACAAUAAUCAAGAGGGUGGUGGAAGGACAAACAAUCAGAAAAGCUGUUCAGCUAAGGAAGGUGUUGAGGAGGUGCCUCAUACAUUCAAAUCUGUUCCUGUGAAGUCUUGUGCUGAUGAAGGUGUUACAAAAGGGGCUAAUUCAAAUGGUGUUGAGUCCAGAGGUAGAAGUGCUUUUGAUGUUACAGAGAAAGUGAUUAACCAAAGAAAUAUUCCUGUGAAGCAGAUUGAGUCGAAUCAUGUCAAAAACAACUCCAUGGAAAGUGAAAAGAGAGAAAUGAACGUCCCUGAAGAAAAUGUAGCAAUAAAAGACUCGCAAUCGGUCAACAAACAACGGUCAACUUCUCCAACUUCUCCAACUAAGGGAUCUAAGUUGCCUCCUGUUUGUCUAAGAGUUGAUCCAUUACCAAGGAAGAAAAAUGUCAAUGGGAAAUCAAGGUCAUUGAGUCCACCUGCUUUAAGGGAACGUUCCAAAGCAAUUGCUUGUGAAACAAGCAACACUCCUUUGGACAGCAUGACAGACAAGACUGAGCUGUGUUCACCUAUUCAGGUAUCCCAAAACAAGACUAACGAAAACAUGGCUGCAAACUCAAAAAUUCACGAAGGUGGUAAAAAAGAAAAACGAGUUCUGUCGAAUGCGGAUGCUGCUGUUGUGAUACAGACUGUUUAUCGCGGUUAUCUAGUAAGAAAAUCAGAUCCUAUAAAGAAACUGAGGCAGAUAGCUGAAGUCAGUAAAGAGGUGACUUAUGUUAAGGAUCGUAUUGAGGCCUUUGAAGGUUCUUCUAAUCUUCAAAUUGAUGACAAGGAGAAACUUGCCAUUGGAGAGAUCAUAAUGAGACUAUUGCUGAAGUUGGAUACUAUACAGGGUUUGCAUCCAAGUUUGAGGGAAAUCAGAAAGUCACUGGCAAGAGAGCUUGUGACUUUGCAGGAAAAGCUUGAUUCUAUAGCGAUGAAGAGUCCUUCUCAGCAGGAGAUGCAGGAGUUAGAUGCUAAAAAACACCUUGAAAUAUCUUCCCAGAAUGUUCAAAAUGGAGAACGUAACCAAGAGCAUCAAGAAGAGAAAAUGGCAUCACAAAAAGAUUCAUCUGAAGGUAUCAGUGAUGGAAAACCUCAGGAUCAGUUCUGCAUGAUGGAUGUGGAAGGUGUAAAUGAAUCUCAGUCCUAUGUUGGUUCUGGAUCAGUUAAUCUGGAUAUCAGCCCAGUUGUUUCUGUUGACGCGAUAGAUUCCACAAGUAAUUUUUCCGAUAAAAUGGACGAGGAAAUGGCAUCGGAACUCAUUGGCAUUCCUAUUGAGGUUGAUAAACUCAAUAUGAAUGCAUUUAAAGAACUUCCUGUGGGAGUUAUUGAUGAAGAUACCAUUGAGGAUUAUGCAAGUGAAAGGUUAGAUUCUGAUAUGGAUGCAAUGAAGGAGCUUCAAAUGGGAGUGUUCGCGGAAGAGACUAAUACUGCCGAAAAUCAGGUGUUAGUUAAAGAACUCCCAGUAGAAGUGCUUGAUGAGAAUUCAGAGAAAUCUGAAAAAGAAAGAUCCGAAUAUAGAGAAAAAGAUACUGAACUAGAGCAGCCACUGGUUGAAGAAAAAGAAGGGGUGCAAAAUGAUACUAAUUUACUAACUCUUGAGAAUGAAGAACAAAAUGAUGUAGCAAACACCAUGUUGAAUGAAAAUGAACCAAAAGAGAAGCUUGCACAGCAAGAAACACAUCUUGAUGUUCAAGGCAAUGUUUCUGUAAAAACAAACAGUGGUGUUGAUAAAAACACAGAAACAUGGGCCAAGGAGGAAACUGAACCAUCUGUAGAUUUAUCUGUUACCAAGGAUAAUGCAGAGUUGAAUGGUAACAUGGUGUUAUUGGAAGAGAAUGAGAAGCUAAGGAAGAUGAUGAAGGAGUUGCUUCAAGCUGGGAAUGAACAGUUAAGUGUAAUAUCAAAUUUAACUGGGAGAGUGAAAGAUUUGGAGAUGAAAUUAGCCAAAAGUAGGAAGAGUAAGAAAGUGAAGACAAAGAGACAUAGAUCAGUAACUUCCAAAGUGUCAUGUGAUAACUCUAUUGAAUAA